AUGUCUGUCCCUCCCUCCCAACCUCCGACUUCCGCUCCCACCCCGGUCCCUUCUUCCCCUCCUCCACCGUCAGAGUCGUACCUGUCAGAUAUAGAUGGUACUGCCCCUUCGAUCCUCGAUACCUCUUUCGGAGAGUCCUCAUAUGAUAUUGGCCGAGUAGACGGAGGAGCAUUGAACCUUGUUAGCUGGAAACUAGAUGUCAAUGCUAGGAGCGAAGAUGGGGUUGAGAAGAGAGGAUUCAAUGCCAUAUCAACGGUUCUCAACCACCCGACUAAAAAAGCAAACCCUCUUCGAUCAUCUCGCAAACCAUUACCACCUUUAUCUACGCCUCCUCCAGUCCUACUCAAACCACCACCACCGUCACAUUACGACGCAUACCUUCAAACCAUCACUCCGUUGUAUGAUUCGUUUAUAGCUUCCCAAUCUACAGCAUCUUCUGGCGGUCCAGAAAGGGUCAAGUCACCUCUGUUGAGCGGCUUUGAUACUCGCACCACGCAAUCGGGUCCAAGUGAUCUACCAUCUUUAGAUUCAGUACCGUCGAUGUUCUUUGAUCCGCAGUUCAAUCUAUCAAAUCCCUCUACAUGGUCUGAACUGAUAUCUUCUCCUCUCGAUGGCGGUGUACCGGAGUCAGGUGUACAAGAUACUCUCUCUACGCAUUUAGAUAUACUAGAAAGACAUCUAGUUCAUGAAAUAUCCUUGAGAUCAAGUUCAUUCUUUUCUGCUUUAUCGAAUCUACAAGAUUUACAUUCUGAAUCAUCGUCAUGUCUAUCUCGCAUAGGAGAACUACAAGACUCGCUCAAAGAAAUAGGAGAACAGCAAGCUAAGAAGGGAUUAGAAGUGAUAACAUCACAAGAGGAAUUGAGAGUGCUGAAAAUCACUGAAAAAGGUAUCAGGACUAUAGGAGAAUUGGAUGAAUUAUUAGCAGUUACAAAACGAUUGGUUAAUGAGGGUGAUUGGUCAGGUGGCCUGAGCUAUAUCGAAGAUAUAGUCAGAUGGUGGGAGAAAUACAAUACAACGACAUCAGAGGAACAUUCGAAAGAUAGGGCAUUACCAUUAUCAACUUUACCGGCUCUGUCAAACCUACCGACGAUAUUAUCAGACCUCACAAGCUUGAUAUCUAUCCAAAUGGAAUCAGCUUUAUCCUCAUAUCUCCUAUCGACUCUUUCAGUAGAAACACCUGAAUUAGAUAAGGCAUCUUUUGCUUCCACUGCUGAACCUAUGUUGAUGGGACUAGUGAGGUGCGGAAAAUCAGAGGCUGUCGAAACCGUUUGGAGGGAUGUGGUAACAAUAAGCAUAAGAGAAGGAUCGAGAAAUCAUUUACCGGUCGGACAACAGGAAGAAGAUGACGGCGAUAGGCCUCCGGAAGCCAGAGGUGCAAGUCUCGCUCAGCUACUCCAAUCCAUGGACCAUUCUUCGUUCCUUCUGCUGUCAGCGCAAAUGUACGGCACUCUUCUAUCAAGGAUAAAGCUGUCUCAGCAAAUUGGUCAGGAAAUUGAAAGCAUCUUAAAGUCUACCAUAUCGUUAUCCCAAUUCACAAUAACAUCUCACCUUCCCAAUACCGCUUCCGUUGCACCGAUAUCCGCGCCUACUGUUCCAGAACUGAGCGAUGUGAUAACCUCUGGAUGUGAACUCGCUCACACCAGGGCGUCCAAGAUAUUGUCUGUGAGAGCGGAACAACAUGCUUCGCUUGGAUUAGAAGAAUUCGUGGAGAUUUUCAGGGAGAAUUGGGAGUUUAUCUUGAAUACCGAGAAAGUAGCUGGGAGGAUGAUAGUAGGGUUAAGAGGGGUUACAGCUUCUCAAGCCCGAUCAUUCCUUGUCAAUUAUCAUUCCAUCAGACUCACUAAAUCCGCCCGAUUGGUAGAAGAAGAGCAGUGGAAUCAGAUAGACGUUUCGCCAAAUGUUCAACAUGUCGUCGACAUGCUAGUUCAAGCAGCUGUAUCUGAUCCGUCGGAAUGUACGAUACCUUCAUCUUCUCCUGAUACAAAUGGCGAGCGCGCAGACGAGACCAUACCGAAGAAACAACUUGACAUCGAAGAUAAGACUUACUUCGUGGUUAAAGCUACUGCUGAAUCCUUGGUCCUACUUGGAGACUAUCUGAAAAUCGUCAUCAAUUUAGAGUUGGUUGUGACCGAUGUCAUGUCAAGGAUAAUUGAAUUCAUGAAAUCAUUCAACUCUAGAACCUGUCAGGUAGUUUUAGGUGCCGGUGCAAUGAGAUCGGCCGGAUUGAAAAAUAUCACCGCAAAGCAUCUGGCACUUGCGUCGCAAUCUUUAUCCAUAAUAAUAUCCCUAAUCCCUUACAUACGUGAAUUUGUCCGAAGGCAUUUAAGCCCCAAACAAGCCGUCAUGUUGACUGAAUUCGACAAACUAAAGAGAGAUUAUCAAGAGCAUCAAAACGAAAUUCACGCGAAAUUGGUCGCCAUCAUGUCUGACAGAUUAGCUGUGCACGUAGGCUCUCUUCGAGAGAUCGACUGGGAAGCUACAUCAUCGAAAGAUGGCCCAAGGCCGUAUGCUGAGAUGCUGGUCAAAGAGACUGCUACUUUACAUAAAGUGUUAUCAAAAUAUCUCGCGGGUUCCACUGUAGAGGUCGUCAUGUCCGAAGUCAUCGGCGCUAUAGUACAUCGCUUGAGCGAAGAAUACGGCAAAGUGGAAUUUAAGAGCGAAGAAGCCAAAAAGAGGAUGUUACAAGAUGUAGCUUUGAUCUCAAUACGGUUGACACCACUGUCCGAAUCAGGCAAAGACGUCUCGAAACUCGAAACUAUAGUGAAAGAGAAAUCUACACCUCGAAAACCGAUUGGGCAAACCAUGAGUGGGUUCUUAAGGAGGAAUGGAUCACAGAAAGGUAAUGAAACAGGGACGACAACCACAGGAGAAGACGAAAAUCAGAAGAAUGAUGACGAGGAGGACGAUGAAGAUGGAGCUGGUCUGACUGAAACUGUUCCUGAGCAGCAUAACGAUGAAGUAUCGGACGUUGAUGUAGAGAAGAAGGGCGAGGCAAUGAAUGGGGAAACGCCUCAAAAUGAGAAUGUCAACACAAUGGAGGAGAAAGUGGAAGUUGAUGAGGAUGUCAAGCAUGAAAUUACAAAUUCUGAAGAGGUCAAACCUGAUCUUCCAGAAAAGGAAAUUGAACAAGUUGUACCUACACCAGUAGACAAGGACAAUAUGGGUAUACCUGCUCUCCCAGAAAAAGAGACUGUGAAAUAUGAUGAUCAGGAGACACCUAACCCUCCCCCACCUCCGGAUAAGGAACCAUAG